CCAACUCUCCUCCCUCGGCGCCGUCUGAGGUCGCCGCCGGGAGAGCCCACACAGCCACCAAGGAUGGUGGCGACGAGGCAUCAUCGCAUGACUUCAAUUUUUGGUUGUUGGGUGCGUUAGGUCUAGUUGGCCAUCGACACCAUGGCGAAUGUGUUGCGGCCUCUGCUGGUGGUGACAAUGGCGGGCAUGGCUUCCGGCAGUGUGUCAAGGUGCUUCUGGCAUCAGAGGUGGCACUUUUCCGGCCGUCUGUGCCUCUAUAAUCCUUUGGCUGGAGUGUUGGUGGUCUGCGGCCUCUCAACACAACAUGAAUCUGGUAUUCCGCCUCCCUCCCCCUCCCUCGACCAUCCUCGACCAGAUCUGGAUGUUUUCCUUAUCGCCUCGUUCUCCUUGGGGUGGUCGGGGCUGGUUAUUUUUUGUCAUCCUGGACUUAUGUUGUCCCCCUCGGGUCAUCGGUAUCAACCUCCAUAUUUUUGAGGUUGAACUGAUCCCUCCAUGGACCCCCCCCCCUCAACCAUCCUCGACCAGAUCUGGAUGUUAUCGCCUCAUUCUCGUUGGGGUGGUCGGGGCUGGUUAUUUUUUGUCAUCCUGGACCUAUGUUGUCCCCCUCCAGUCAUCGGUAUCCACCUCCGUAUUUCUGAGGUUGAACUGAUCCCUCCCAUGGACCCCCCUCGACCAUCCUCGACCAGAUCUGGAUGUUUUCCUUAUCGCCUCGUUCUCCUUGGGGUGGUCGGGGCUGGUUAUUUUUUGUCAUCCUGGACUUAUGUUGUCCCCCUCCGGUCAUCGGUAUCAACGUCCAUAUUUUUGAGGUUGAACUGAUCCCUCCAUGGACACCCCCCCCCCUCGACCAGAUCUGGAUGUUUCCCUUAUCACCUCGUUCUCCUUGGGGUGGUCGGGGCUGGUUAUUUUUUGUCAUCCUGGACCUAUGUUGUCCCCCUCCGGUCAUCGGUAUCCACCUCCAUAUUUCUGAGGUUGAACUGAUCCCUCCCAUGGACCCCCUUCCCCUAUCUUCAGUCGACGGGGUGGUGUCUGAUUCGGUAGUGCAAGAUUGUUUGGGUGUGCAGCGUUUCCACUGUCACGUUCCUCCAAAGCAUGUGAUAUGCUCGUGCAUGAUCUUAUUAUCCAAAGGUUGGGCUCAUCGGGUUUCGUAACACCUUCCCAUUGAAGCUUUCUGUUGCUUUCUAUCUAACGUGGAAGAUGGAGUCUGUUGCCUGAUGAUUGCUACCGUGACACCUUUCUCGCACUCUAGCACAGUGUCAUCUGCAGAAUUUGAAAGGCGCAAGAGAGCAAUUCCUUUGUUGUCUGCCAUGUCUCGCAACUUGAAGAGCCCUGUCCAGACCCAGAUGGGAGUUUCAGCCUUGAGCAGCUCGCUGAUCGGUGAUUACCCUGCCAAAACUAGAAGCGAGGGGAGGGCUGUUGGAUGGAAACGUGUUUUUGUCCAGACUGACACUGGGUUUGUACUGCCUGUUCAACUAGAUCGUGGUGACAGUGUACACACAGUCAAAAGAAAGCUGCAGGUGGCCCUCAAUGUUCCCACUGAGGAGAGUUCUCUGACACUCGGUGAUCAUGUCCUCAAGAAUGAUCUCAGCAGCAUCCGAAAUGAUUCCCCACUGCUCCUGACCAAGACCUUCAUGCAUCGGAGUUCCUCCAGCCCAUGUCUAUCUCCUACAAGCAAGGAUCUCCAGCAGCAAAGGGAUAGGGGCGGUCCAAUUGAAGUUUUAGUAUGUCCAACCCGCUGCAUUCAGGCAAAGCAGCUUGUUAAGGAUGUUGCUAGGGCCAUAAGAAACGGUGUGGAUCCAAAACUUGUCAAUAGUGGGCUUGGUGGUGCCUACUAUUUCAAGAACAGUAAAGGUGAGAAUGCUGCCAUUGUGAAGCCAAAUGAUGAGGAGCCAUUUGCACCCAACAAUCCAAAAGGUUUUACUGGGAGAGCCCUUGGGCAGCCAGGCCUCAAAAGAUCAGUUCGAGUUGGUGAGACCGGUUUUAGAGAGGUUGCUGCAUACCUUCUGGACUAUGAUAACUUUGCUAAUGUCCCCCCGACAGUUCUUGUCAAGAUUUCACAUCCUGUAUUUAAUGUGAAUGAAGGCGUCGGCUCUACCAACAAGAAGGCUUCUGUGGGUGAUCCGCGAACUGUCAGUAAGAUUGCCUCAUUUCAGCAGUUCGCUCCUCAUGAUUUUGAUGCUAGUGACCUUGGCACUUCAAGCUUCCCUGUAGCUGCUAUUCACAGGAUUGGUAUUCUUGACAUCCGAAUCUUCAACACUGAUAGACAUGCUGGAAAUCUUCUGGUAAGAAAGGUGACAGGAGCAGAUCAAUUUGGAAAUCUGACUGAGCUGAUUCCUAUUGACCAUGGUCUCUGCCUGCCAGAGUGUUUAGAGGAUCCAUAUUUUGAAUGGAUUCACUGGCCGCAGGCGUCAAUCCCAUUCUCUGAGGAUGAGCUUGAGUACAUAGGGAAACUUGAUCCAGUGAAAGAUGCUGAGAUGCUUCGCAUGGAGCUGCCUAUGAUCAGGGAAGCGUGCCUCCGUGUGCUAGUCCUCUCAACCAUAUUUCUGAAAGAAGGCACAUUAUUUGGUCUUUGCCUUGCGGAGAUUGGUGAGAUGAUGAGCAGGGAAUUUAACGGGAUGGAUGAUCAGCCAAGUCAGCUAGAGGUUGUCUGCAUGGAGGCAAGGAGGCUAGCAACUGAACGAGAAGAAUGUUCCACAGAACAUGAUUCUGCAGAUGAAGAUGUGACCCAAUUUGAACUUGACUGUGAAGAUCAUGAAAUGCCAAAAACACCACCAGCCUACCAUUUUGAAUUUAAGGGGGGAAGCUCCAGAAACCCGCUGUCUAAAUUGGAAGAGGCCAUUGAAGAAGAGGAAGAUGACAUUCAGGAAGAGGAAGAAAGCAAUGCAGAAAAGUUAGCUUGCCCCAAGCCUGUCAAUAAGUGGCUUCCUAACAUUUCCAAGCUAUCAACCUCACUGAGCAGUGUCAGUCUCAUGGACAAAAGCCAGCGUCAGGUGCCUGCUAUUCCGAAGGGUGCGGAUUCUGUGAAAACCUCUGAAAACAACCAAGUUGGUAACUGGAGGACCGCAAAUGAACAGCUCCCAACAAGCGCAAGCUUUGUGAAGCUUGCCGACAUGGGUGUGGAUACAUGGGGCCUGUUCCUUGAGAAGUUCCAGGAGCUGCUCCCUGGCGCAUUCCGCGCGCACAAGCUCGGCGCCACCGGGCAGAGGGGGAGGCUGAGGAUGGGUACUUCUUGUCAGUUUUGAGUUAGUGCAGGAGUAGAGAAGUCAGUUUGGUCAAGGUAUGUGGUCGGUCGUCGAAUAAAGCCAUCCUUUACAAUAGGGUUUGAGCGUUGAAUAUGCCUGCUUCAGAGGUCCAUGUUCAGAUGAUGGCCUUUCCUGUACAUAGUUUUCCUUCUUCUUUUUUCCUUUUUUUCUUUUCUAGCUAGUUGCCUGGAGGAGGUUGGGAUGUGAUGUCUGCCCAGUUCUUGGCCACCCAAUUCCUCCAUGCAUGAUAUGCAUUCAAAGGUGCCAUUCAAAUAAAAUAGACAUGCAAGAAAAAGUUUCUGGUGUGGUAAUUAAACAUUGUCCAGAUUUCAGAGUAAUGUUAUAUUUCAACUUGAAAGGUUUUUA